AAAUAUAUAAGCAGCGUUUUUCAUGUUUCAUAAUCAAUUAUGAAUUGGAUACACGAUAAUAUUGAAACACUGAACAAUCAAAGUUGUGGUAGUAGUAGUAGUAACAGCGGCGGCAACAGCUACUGUACCAAUCCGUUGCUAUGGGAUCAAUUAAUCAGUUAUUUGACAACAAAUUAUAACAAUAAAUUAUCCAAUGAAGAUUAUACUCAUCAAAAGAGUCUAUUGAAUGAUUGCCUACAACCACCAUUAUCAAUGAUGUUCCAAACGAAUUAUUCAAAAACUGACUUUAAUUAUUCUCAUUAUCCGCUAUUGAACAUUGAAUCCAGUGAACAAUCCAACCAACAAUCUAUCAAUACUACAGAUAUAGUUACAGCUGUGUCCUCAUCAACGUUAUCGCCUCUAUCAUGCGUUCAUCAGUCACACCAGUACCAGCAUCAUCAUCAAACUUCGAUAUCGCCUCCUUCUUCUCUUCCACCUCCACAGCCUAAUAUCACUCAUUCACAUGUCAAGCGUCCAUGAAUGCAUUCAUGGUAUGGUCACGUGGUCAACGUCGGAAAAUGUCACAGGCUAAUCCAAAAAUGCACAAUUCUG